AUGGAGCGAGGGAGGGAACGGGCAAGGGAGCGAGGGAGGGAACGGGCAAGGGAGGGAGGGGUGAAGCGGGCAAGGGAGGGAGGGAACGGGCAAGGGAGGGGUCGCGAGGGAGGGAACGGGCAAGGGAGGGGGGGGAGAGCCGGCAAGGGAGCGAGGGAGGGAAAGGGCAAGGGAGGGGUGGGGGAGCCGUCAAGGGAGCGAGGGAGGGAACGGGCAAGGGAGGCUGGGGGAGCCGGCAAGGGAGGGAGGGAACGGGCAAGGGAGGGGGGGGUGAAGCCGGCAAGGGAGCGAGGGAGGGAACGGGCAAGGGGGGGGGGGGGGGGGGGGACGGGCAAGGAAGCAAGGGAGGGUACGGGCGAGCGAGCGAGGGAGGGAACGGGCAAGGGAGCGAGGAGGGAACGAGCAAGGGAGCGAGGGAGGGAACGGGCAAGGGAGGGAGGGAGGGAACGGGCGAGAGAGGAAACGGGCAAGGGAGGGAGAGAACGGGCAAGGGAGCGAGGGACGGAGCGGGCAAGGGAGCUAGGGAUCGCGGGAGGGAACGGGCAAGGGAGCGAAAAAGGGAACGGGGAAGGGAGGGAGGGAGGGAACGGGCAAGGGAGCGAGGGAGGAAACGGGCAAGGGAGGGAGGGAAAGGGCAAGGGAGCGAGGGAGGGAGCGGGCAAGGGAGCGAGGGACGGAACGGGCAAGGGAGCGAGGGACGGAGCGGGCAAGGAAGCUAGGGAUCGCGGGAAGGAACGGGCAAGGGAGCGAGGGAGGGAACGGGCAAGGGAGCGAGGGACGGAACGGGCAAGGGAGGGAGGGAAAGAACGGGCAAGGGAGCGAGGGAGGGAGCGGGCAAGGAAGCUAGGGACGGAACGGGCAAGGAAGCUAGGGAUCGCGGGAGGGAACGGGCAAGGGAGGGUGGGAAGGAACGGGCAAGGGAGCGAGGGAGGGAGCGGGCAAGGGAGCGAGGGACGGAACGGGCAAGGGAGCGAGGGACGGAACGGGCAAGGGAGCGAGGGACGGAGCGGGCAAGGAAGCUAG